CAUGCACAUAUGAAUAAUUAUGUGAAUAAAUCAUUUGUGUCGCGGAAACCGGCACAUAAGUUAUCGCUACGAUACCGAUCUAUAGUUAUGUGUAAAAUAAGGGAGCGUUUAAAGUUGGCACAUAUUGCAACAUAUAAAAGUGUAGAUGGAAAAUCAAAGAAUAGUGCCAAUUUGCAAAGCUGUGAUUCCCAUAAUUCAUUAACUCCAGAAUGUAGUUCCUCUGAAUUUCGUUUUGUUAACAGUGUUCCGCACUUUGCUGAUGUAGAGUAUACUUUUUGCAAUGAUUCCAUGUCAAAUGAUAAUUCUCAUAUAGUACAUAACAGAAACAUUAUUAAUGAUGAUUCUUCUUCAUCGUCUUCAAAUGCAUCUGAAUGUGGAACAUUGUUUCAUGACAAUUUUGGCCAAUCAUCCUUUCGUGAACAGCUAGCUUCCUGUUUUGUUGACAACAAUUUUACUCAUGUUCAAGGUAAUAGUGUAUUAUCUCUUCUUAGAACACACCCAUGCUUCUCUAAUUUGCCCAAAGACACUAGAACACUUCUUAAUACACCACGCAAUAGUAUUGUUGUGUUAAACGUUGAGCCAGGAGAAUACAUUCACUUUGAUUUUCAAAUAGCUUUAAUUGAAUAUCUUUCAUAUAUGUCCAUGGCAGCAAUUCCUUCACAUAUUGAAUUAGAUAUUCACACAGAUGGGUGUACAUUAGAUAGAGCGGGUAGUGUUCAUCUAUGGCCUAUUCAAUGUAGAAUAGCGAAUGUACAACACGCCAAACCAAUAAUUGUUGGUAUAUACAAAGGUUCACAAAAGCCCCAUAAUCCGAAUAGUUUCUUCGAAGCAUUUAUUACAGAUAUUCUAACAGUUGUGAACAAUGGAGGCAUACAGUUCAAUGGCAGUAAUAUUCCAAUACGACUUAGAUGUUUUAUAGCAGAUGCACCAGCUCGAGCUUUUAUUCUAAAUCAUCGUGGUCAUCUUUCUAGUAAACCAUGCUCAAAGUGCAAAGUUAGUGGAACAAUAAGUGAAGGUCGCAAUGUUUUUAAAGGAAUAAAUCAUUCUGUAAGAAGAGAUGAAGAAUAUGUUGCAGUUGUGGACGAAGAUCAUCAUAAAGAAGAAUGCCUUUUUGGCACUGCUCUUUAACGGAUGACACUGAAAGUGACGAUUAUGAGGAAACCCACAGAGAAACAGGCACAUAUAUUGUUGCAACAAUCAUACAUAGUGAAGUGAUUUAGUGUUUUUCCUAUUAGUUAUCAGGAGUUUAAUAUUUACGCAGAGUGAACUGUUUACAGUGUUUCUGUUAAUAAUUUUCUUUUCAAUGCACGUGAAAAAAAUAUUUUAGAAUACAUCGAUGGCGAUACUUUUCGACCAGUCUUAAAAAAUGAAUGUGGAUUAGGCUUAUAGGGGAAACCACAAAAAAAACGCGCCAAACUAUGUACCGCAAGGUGGUGAGGAAACCAUAGUCUUUGCAAAAAAAACUUCACCAAAUGUUGAACGAAUCUCAUAAAAAAAUCCGCGUUGAGUAUAAAGAAUUGGAUAACGUAAUCUUUAUGAUAUCGCAUCUGUACAACUUGGAGGAAUUUUUUUAAAUAUUAACGACGUAGAGCUAUUCUGUGCGACUUCCCAUAAACUCACCAGUGAAAUAUGUAGUUACGUUAUACCCAAUGCCAAACAAAGCAAUGGCUAGACGUAUAGCUGCCUUAUAAUUAUGCAUCGACUUGCAUCGAGCAAACGAGAUAAAUGAUAAUUUGUUACCUAUGGGAAAGAAGCAUUUGAAAAUGAAGCCUAAAAACGGCGAAGUGCCUACUUUGCCGGACGAAAGGAGGGCGGAUUUUUCGGACCUGGUAUAACAGAAGACAAUAUUAUUUUAAAAAGAUAGCUGGGGCAUUGACGGAUUGUAAGCCAAUAGUCGGAGUGCCGUCUUAUCUAUAUUAAUAGGGAAUUAAGUUCUUCUCUACCAGAGGAGUAAAAUACACGCGGCAGAUGUACUUAUCCUUCUGAAGAAUCGGCCGUUGGAUUUGACAUAUUCACAUUGGAAAGUAGCUUCUUUUAUUUUGUAUAUCAUUUAAUGUGUAUAACAAUAAAGAUUUUUAUCAGAACAAUU